AUUGUAAUAAUAUUUCACAAUAGUUCCAUUUUACUUUAUUUUACACAGCAAUUAAAUGCAUUCAUGGUUGGCAUAACAAAAUCUUACCAACCACAUUUGAAUUGUUUGACCAUGUUGCUUGCAACUUUACCCAUUCUAGCUUUUUUAUUAGUUUUAUUUAUCUUUACUACUAACGUAAAAUCACACAAAUAAGAGUUUUAAACUGAAUUUAGACAUGUCCCAAUGUUAACAUGGUUAAAAAAAUACUGUAGUUCGACUUGAGGCUGACCAUUAGUAUUUUCACUGAAAGUUAAGUACUUCAUUUCACUGACCAUUUGUUAAAUAAUAAUUCAUUUCACAUCCUAUUCUGUACAGCUGCACUUGUAGCUCAUCUCUGGUUGAAUUUCCUCUAUAGAGAUCCACUCUCCCUGUAUGUCCAUUCAUGUGUUUGUCUUUGACCCUGAACAGAAUCAUUCUCUGCUUGUUUAAGCCUAUAGUCUGCAGGUUUUCAGAAAUCCAUUAAUCGGUUCCAUAGUUAUCAACCUAAACACUGUCAGGAGGUCUCUGUUGAGAGAUACUGAUGUCAUCGCUCAAAUAAUUGUCGUCUCUCAUGAUGAAAGAUCAUCGCUGCAUGAUAGAGAGGAUUAACUGUUUUUAUCUGGGAUUAAAGACUGCCCCCGUCUAGGUUUCCUAAUGGGUGUGGGUUUAUAUUCAAAGCUUAAGACCUUCUAAAAGCACUCCAUCCAUCCAUCCAUCCUCGGAGAGCUUCACUUCAGUCUGGAGAGAGAAGCUGGCUCGCAAGUUUGCACACAAGUACUACUUUGCACUAUGACUGAAAUGUUUAUACUUGUUUUAAGGAAGUAUGCGUUGAUAUUUCUAUCUUAAUAAGAAGAAUAUCCAGAUGAAGAUUUUAGGAGAUGACAUCUGCGGUGGACAAUAUGGAGCAAAUUUCAGCCGAACAGGAUCAGCUGUUUUCCAUCAUUAGUAGCGCUCAGCGUGGAAGAAUAGAUGAACAGCGCUGCACAUUGGGUCCAACAACACCUAAACAAGUUCAUGCCAACAGCCCAGAUGCCGAUGAUUUUUUCCAGUUCCUGGUCAACAGUCAGAGCCAACGAUUAGAUGACCAACGAGUGACGCUUAAUGCGUUGCCAGGGAUGGAGGCAUUCACCAUCAGAGAUCCGAAAGACGGAAAUGUACUGAAGACAAACUUUGAUCAGUUUUGCAACAUGGUCAGCAGAGCUCAUAGUUUCAGGAAACGCAACACUCCAAAAAACACCCUGACCCCUGGGGCCCAAGACUCUGUGAGAAGAGCAAGCUUCAGUCCUCAACCUUCUGCUGAUUCAGACACUUAUAACACGCUCAAAACCAGAUCAGCCUCAUUCAACCCCAUAUCAGACAAGGACAGAAUGGAAAGUUUUCAACAUGAGCAGGACCAGCUGUUUUCUCUAGUUAGUCAAGCACAAUGUGGACGUAUGGAUGAACAGCGCUGCUCGAUUAACCCCUUAUCGCCUUCACCCAAAAGUAUGGAUAACAGCCAGGCAGAUCAAGAUAUCGAGAAUUUUUUUAAACUCAUUUCUAACACCCAAAACCGGCGAUUUGAUGAUCAGCGGGCGACGUUAAACCUGUUGCCAGGAAAACAAGCACCUUCUGGUAUGACUGAUCAGGAUUCGGAUCAGCUCUUCAACAUGGUCUCCAGAAUGCAGGGCUCUCGGAUAGAUGAUCAGCGCUGUUCUGCUCCCAAAAUCCAGCUGGGGACUCCCGCACCCCCAAGGAAGUCUCAUUCUCAACCCGUAUUGCCGACUAACCCUCCAUCUUCCAGGAGAUCAGGAUCAUUCAGUCCUUCCUCUGAGGUACAAAAUAGUAUUGAUGAGGACCAGUUUUUUGCCCUGGUGCAUCAUGCACAGCAAGGGCGAAUGGAUGACCAGCGGUGCUCAUUUGAACCCUUUAAAAAGACUUCUCCCUCUCCGAAGAACCCAAAUGCUAAUCCCACAGAAGAUCCUGAGCAGUUUUUCAAACUAGUGACUGACUUUCAAAGAGGACACUUGGAUGAUCAACGCGCGACACUUAACACAUUGCCAGGCCUCCAGCCGAGAGAGAAAAAUAAAGUAGCCCCUCAAAUCAUGCUGACCCCGGCAUCACCUGCUCCACCGAAGAAAAUUUGUUCCAGUCCUUCCUCUCCCACUCUGACUGUCUAUGAAUCAGACAUACCCGGCAGGCCUCCCUCCAGAUCGGCCUCAUUUUGCCCAGUGUCAGAUAAGGAGGGAUUACAGUACGAUGACAGGUCUGCGCAGAUAACAUUUCAGAUUUCCAUGUGCUUCCCUCCACAUCAGACACUUGGAGCAAAUAAUCAGCCAUAUACAUUCCCUGAAGUCUUCCUCACAAUCGGACAACCAGGAGAGACUAUAGUCAUUCCUCUCAGCCCCAAGCCUGGCAGACCGCUCUCUCUCAAUGUGAACCCACCUAAAAACCAUCGCUCCAGGUCUAAGUCCCCUCACAAGUCUCCCGCCAGACAGGGACGCUCCAGACCCUCGUCUCCACACCCAGGAGACGCGCCUAGUCCACUCAGCCCAUACGAGGACUACUUCUCUCUCAUCCAAAGAGUCCACACCGCUCAGCUGCAACAGAAUAAUAGACAGGACAGUGCAGAGCCCAGCAAGGAGGCUAGGAAGGGAAAGGAAAAGAGCAGUGGAAAGAAAGAGAAAAAAGAGGGAAACAAAGAAAAGAAAAAAUAAGAUGUAUGUAUAUAUGUAUUUUCAUAUAGGUUUCACAUCACCUGGAUGAAUGGCAGUGUUACAAAUAAGCUAAACAUGUUGGUUGAGUAAAAUGAUUGACUGGAAUUUAUUUUAUUUGUGUGUCUGUAUUAAAGGAUUAGUUCACUUUCUAAUUAAAAUUU